AAAAAAAACAGAACAUCCAAUGUAACAGAGUUGGGUGUGAAGACAUACAUAACGACAUCAGGUAACAUACAAAGACACACACCCAUCCACCCAUACACACAUAUAUAUAUACACACAUAUAUACGGGAGACUGUAUAUCUUGCAAUGGAGGUGAAGAUGAAGGUGUGGAUAGCAGUGAUGGCGUUUUGGGGGAUUAUAGAUGGGAGUGAUGGGAAUCUAAUGAAGGGUUACUACAAAGAGACGUGCCCUUUGGCAGAGGAGAUAGUGAGGCACAACGUCCAGGUCGCCAUCCUCAGAGAUCCGCGGAUGGCUGCUUCCCUUCUCCGCCUUCAUUUCCAUGACUGCUUCGUCCUGGGGUGUGACGGGUCGGUGCUAUUGGACACGAAAGGGGAGAUGGUGAGCGAGAAGGAGGCGACUCCGAACGCGAAUUCGUUGCGUGGGUUCGAAGUAAUCGAUUACAUAAAGUACCUUCUCGAGGAAGCUUGCCCUCUCACCGUCUCUUGCUCCGAUAUCCUCGCCAUGGCCGCUCGUGACUCCGUCUUCCUGAGGAAUGGACCGUGGUGGGAAGUUUUGCUUGGGAGGAGAGAUUCAUUGAAGGCAAGUUUAGAGGGCGCCAACAGAUAUAUUCCGGCACCCAAUUCUUCUCUCGAAGGCCUCAUCGCCAAUUUCAAAGAACAAGGCCUCGACGUCGACGAUCUCAUCGCCCUCUCAGGGGCACACACGAUGGGAAAAGCGAGAUGCGUGAGCUUCAAGCAAAGGAUAACUCAACCGAACACAGAGCAGACCUUUUACGACGACAGGUUCAAACGACACGACACGUUCCGACGCGUCCUCAGGGCACAGUGCCGAGACUCCACCCGAGACAACCUACUGACGCCGUUAGACAUCGUGACGCCGUCUAAUUUCGACAACCAUUACUUCGUCAAUCUCCUGCGAGGACGAGGGCUGCUCAUCUCCGACAACGUUCUGGUCUCGGAAGAUCACGAAGGAUACGUCUUCAAGAGGGUUUGGGAUUACGCCGUCGAUCGAGAUUUGUUCUUCGCUGAUUUCGCCGAAUCGAUGCUGAAAAUGGGCAGUAUCAAUGUUCUUACUGGCGUUGACGGUGAGAUCAGGAAGAGUUGUAGGUUCGUCAACGCGUGGAUUUGAUCCUAUCUUUUUUUAAAAUUACUUUUCGUUUUAAUUUUAUAAACUAAUAAUCGGUUUAUCAUAAUUAAUCAUCAUACAUAAGACUUAAUAAUGGGCUGAAAGGAUUAGGCCCAAUCUGGCCCAAAGAAAAGAUCACGCCCCGCGCGAAAAAUGCAGAUGCCCAAAGGGAAGGGAAGUAGAACACGCGCAACUGUAGCGCGUGGACGUCACGGACCCAAAACCUCUGGACUAUAGUCCAUAGAUAUUGGCCAUUUUGGCCGAAAUGGAAAAACAGGCGCGUGAGGGACUGUUCAUCCUACUCUUUUAAUUUUUUGAUUUCCCUUCGCAAUUUAACAAGCAAAAUAUUUUGAUGAAAUUAAAUUCCGGUUUUUUCGGGGGCAAAAAUAGGAUUCUUUCGUCA